AGCUGCGAACACUCAGCUUUUAGGACCUUUAUGGGGAGAGUGAAUCAAGGUUGUAACUGAAAAUCCAAGCCAACAAGUAACAAUCUACCUAGGACUAUUGCCAUCACCGACAUCACCUAGAUGCCCCAGGGGCACGAGAGAAAAUGAGCUACUACAGCAGCAACUAUCCGAUUGUAAAUGUGGACCCCAAGUACCCAGGCUACCCCCCAGAGCACAUGGUCGCUGAGAAGAGCAGAGCCAGACGUCGCCUGCUCCACAAAGAUGGCAGCUGCAACGUCUACUUCAAGCACAUCUUUGGAGAAUGGGGGAGCUACGUGGUGGACAUCUUCACCACUCUGGUAGACACCAAGUGGCGCCAUAUGUUUGUGAUAUUCUCCUUAUCUUAUAUCCUCUCCUGGCUGAUCUUCGGCUCUGUCUUCUGGCUCAUCGCGUUCCAUCACGGAGAUCUACUAAACGAUCCAGACAUCACGCCUUGUGUUGACAAUGUCCAUUCUUUCACUGGGGCAUUCUUAUUCUCCCUGGAGACCCAGACCACCAUCGGGUAUGGUUACCGCUGCGUCACUGAGGAAUGUUCGGUGGCCGUGCUCAUGGUGAUCCUUCAGUCCAUCCUGAGCUGCAUCAUCAACACCUUCAUCAUCGGUGCUGCCUUGGCCAAAAUGGCAACUGCUCGCAAGAGAGCACAGACCAUUCGCUUCAGCUACUUUGCCCUGAUAGGCAUGAGAGAUGGGAAGCUCUGCCUGAUGUGGCGCAUUGGUGACUUCAGGCCAAAUCAUGUGGUGGAGGGCACAGUUAGAGCUCAGCUGCUCCGCUACACGGAGGACAGUGAAGGGCGGAUGACCAUGGCCUUUAAAGACCUCAAGCUCGUCAAUGACCAGAUCAUCCUUGUCACACCGGUGACAAUCGUUCAUGAGAUUGACCACGAGAGCCCUCUGUAUGCCCUUGACCGAAAAGCAGUAGCCAAAGACAACUUUGAGAUUUUGGUGACAUUCAUCUACACGGGGGAUUCCACGGGGACGUCCCAUCAAUCCAGGAGUUCUUAUGUACCCCGAGAAAUUCUCUGGGGCCAUAGGUUUAAUGACGUCUUGGAAGUUAAGAGAAAAUACUACAAAGUGAACUGCUUGCAGUUCGAGGGAAGUGUCGAAGUGUAUGCGCCCUUCUGCAGCGCCAAACAGUUGGACUGGAAGGACCAGCAGCUCCACAGCAUGGAGAAAGCCCCACCAGUCCGAGGAGCUGGAACCUCUGACACCAAGGUCAGAAGAAGGUCAUUUAGUGCAUUUGCCAUUGUCAGCAGCUGUGAAAACCCGGAGGAGACCAGCACCUCUGCCAUGGUUGAGUGUAAGGAACCACCUUAUCAGAAAGCUCUCCUGACUUUAAAUAGAAUCUCUGUAGAAUCCCAAAUGUAGUCCUACAUUGUCACCCUUCAAUCAUUUUACUCUCUAGCCAAUCGCUUUAAGGCAGAUAAUUAUAAACAGACCUUUUAAAGAAUGCUACAUCAACAUCUGAUGGUGAUGGGAUAAGUAAAAUGGGUUAAACUUGAUAUAAAAAUAAUCUAAAAAUUAGCCAAUUUCUAAUCAUUUAAAAAGAUGUUUUUGGCUAGCAAAUGUUGUAUUAGGGAUGGAAUUACAACGCAAUUCAUUAACAAUUCAUUGAUUUCAUUGUUAUCUCCCUUUAUUAUCUCAUAGACUUGUAUUUUCAAUGGAGAUGUAAUGGGGAAUAAAGGUAGAAUGAUGGAGUAAAUAAAUACAGGAACAUAGACAGUCACGAUGAAUAAUAAAUCCUUAUAUGUAUACAAAUCAAACAGUAUCAUGAGUGGUUUCCUAUAAAUACCUCAUAUCAUCUAACCAAGAUAUGUAAGAUAUGCACUCAAUAGA